UUGCCUUCGGGUGUGUAAUUUUUACUGUACACAUAGUUUGUUUACUUCAUGGAUUCUCGCAGCGAAAUAGUUCACAGUAGAAAAUGUUUGUCACUUGCAUUCGCUAAAUAAAAGUGUUAGUAUUUUGACUUCGUUUAUGCAUUUUUUGACCAGUGUAAACAGUCCGGGUUUGUUGACUGACUUCCGUGCCUGCUGAUGGAGGAGCAGAGUCAGGACGCUGCAGGAGGAGGACAGUCUGUGAAGACUGAAGAGGUGGAAAAGGAGAACAUGACAGAGAUGGCAGCUUUAGAUGCUGAGGAGGAGGAAGACGAGGAGGCUCUUCCUCACUCAGAGAUCCUGGAUAUUUUCGAGGAGGGGCUGGCGCGGCUGGUGCAGGAUCCUUUACUCUGUGAUCUGCCCAUACAGGUGACUCUGGAGGAGGUAAAUUCUCAGAUUGCUUUGGAGUACGGCCAGGCGAUGACUGUGAGGGUUUUAAAGGCAGAUGGCGAGAUAAUGCCCAUAGUGGUCGUCCAAAAUGCCAGCGUCCUUGACCUGAAGAAAGCCAUUCGCAGAUUCAUGGAGCUGAAACAACAGCGUGAAGGCGGAGUGAAACACGUCAGCUGGAGAUAUGUUUGGAGAACGUAUCAGUUGAUAUUUCAAGGGGAAAAGCUUGAGGAUGACAAGAUGAGACUUAAAGACUACGGGAUCAGGAACAGAGAUGAAGUGACGUUCAUGAAGAGACUCAGGAAAAAGUGAAGUUUCACAGUUGCUCACAUUGAGGAAGAAAAACACCAGUUUGAUGCUACAGACUUGAAAUGACUUUCACAAAGUCUUUUUGAUUGUAUGACUUGUUUUACUUUAAAGUGUUUUUGGGCAGUCAUGACGUGAUAUUGCUGUGCACAUAACAUACUGAGCUACUUCUCAAAAAAGCUACACGUAAAGUUGUUAGUUGUCAAAUUCAAAUCAUAGCUUAAGUUGUUAAAUUGAAUUAAUAGUUGUUAAAUUCAAUCAUUUUUAAUAGCUGCAUUCUCCUUUUCUAUAUUUGUUCAUAUUUGAUAUUCUCCUUUUUUAUAUUUCUUUAUAUUUGAUAUUCUGUGUUUAAUGUUGCACUGAGCCACUGUAACAAGUGAAUUUCCCAGGUGUGUGAACCAAUAAAGGCUAUCUUAACCUUAAUGUAAAUAAAAUAUCUGGAGCUGUUUU